AGCUCGGAUCGUCCCUGCCCUGCCCUGCAAAAAAAAUAAAAUAAAAAAUAAGAGCAAAUUUGAGAACUGGAAUAAAACAUUUGGGAUCAAUUACAAAUCUUGAUCUCCAUCAGCUAUGGAGACCAGUCAGGAUUCUUCUCUGUUCCUGGUGAACAUUUUGGAGGAACUGGAUACCAAGCAAAACAGGGUCUCCUAUCAGGACCUCUGCAAAUCGUUAUGUGCCCGGUUUGAUCUGUCCCAGCUGGCCAAACUAAGGAGCGUGCUUUUCUACACGGCCUGCCUGGAUCCUACUUUCCCAGCGACCUUGUUCAAAGACAAAAUGAGGUGCACCGUCAACAACCAGCAGUCGAAGAAGAUCAUGGUUGCGGCGGAUAUCGUGACGAUAUUCAACCUCAUCCAGAUGAACGGGGGCGUGGCGAAGGAAAAGCUCCCCAUGGCUCGAGAGAAGGUGCGGAAGAAAGAGUCGCUGGAGUCCUGCCGAUCUGACACGGAAGUGUGCAACAUGGUGGACUGCGUGCUGAACUGCGACUUGAGAGACGGGGAAUUUAGCCGGGGGUAUUCCAGCAGGCGGUCUUCCAAGUGCAGGAAGGGGGAUUGCAAGGACUGUCCGCAAUUCAUUCCUGCUUCCGAGCCCAACUUUUUGCUUGGCGUCAAUAAGGAAAUGAAGGGCCGAGCGGCUUCCCUGGAUCGGCUGCAGGCCCUGGCGUCGUAUACCAUGGCCAGCUCUCCCCCCUGUGAAAUGCAGAGCACCUAUUUCCCCAUGAAUAUAGAGACCGAGUCGAUAUCAGACCAGGACUCCUUGCCCAUCAGCACGAGCAUUAAGGAGACCUUCAUUUCGAACGAGGAGCCCUUUGUGAUGCAGUCGUGCGUGCAGAAACGGAACAUCUUCAAGGAAGACUUCCACAACCUCAUCACCAUCUCGCCCAACUUGAUAUCACCAACGGGCAAAGUGGAAGAUGAGCUUGUCGAUCCCCCGAGUAGGAAAGAGACUCCCAAGCCAGCUUUCUUCAACCAUAGCUUUGAAAUGCCAUACAGCAGCCAAUACUUGAACCCAAUUUAUUCCCCCUUACCGGAUAAAAGGCGGGUCAAGCACGAGAGCUUAGACGAUCUCCAGGCUUCUACUUACUUUGGCCCAACGACUGUGCUUGGACCUCAAGAUAGCAAACGGUGGUUAGGAAAGCCAAGCAAACAAACCCCAUGGCCGGUCAAGAGCUGGAGUUUGAAUACUGAAGAAGUCCCUGAUUUUGAAAGGUCCUUUUUUAACAGGAAGCAGUCAGAAGAGAAGCCUCGAUAUCAGGCUGCGAACAGCCAGACUGCCAAUUUCCCAGCUGCUGAGAGGCUUCAAUCUUAUCUCAACCCAAAGGAGUGCAACUAUGCUGCGAAACCCAAUGGGCAUAAAGCCAAAGACAUCUCCUCCAUUUUGGAAGUGGAGAAGUGUGAACCCAUCAAGAAGUUUAAAGACAAAAGCAUUAACUGCACCUCUGUUCAGCUUCUAAGCAUUGACAAAACCAGCAGUGUCGGGACGCAGACGGACCAACAGGGUUUGGAACACAAAAAAGGCAAAGAGAUGGGCCACCUGAACCAGAACAAAUAUGGCGAGCGGCAUUCUCUUAAGCAAUCAGAUGAUGACUCAGAAAUUGUAAGUGAUGACAUCAGCGAUAUCUUCAGGUUUCUGGAUGACAUGAGCAUCUGUGGGUCUACUGGAGUGAUGCAAUCCUCUUGUUACAACAGCACUGGCUCGCUUUCUCAGAUCCAUAAAUCGGACUGUGAAAGUUCUCCCGAACAUCACUUGGCAAAAAUUUCCAAUGGGAAUGCCGGGAGCAAACUUGACAAAGUGUCUCGGUUGGAGAUCAGCACCUCAGAUGAUGAACUGAAAACCAGCGUCUGCAAACUAGUUCUGAGGAUUGGGGAAAUCGAGAAGAAGCUGGAGUCUCUCUCGAGUGUCAGGGAUGAAAUUUCCCAGGUCCUGGGGAAGCUAAACAAAUUGGAUCAAAAAAUCCAACAGCCAGAGAAAGCGAGCGUCCAGCUUGAUCUUAAUUCCUUGACAAGCGAGGUUCAGUCGGAAGAAAGUACCUCCCCUAGGCUCUUUGCAUGUCAUAAUUCUUCACACGGCGGCAAGUUGGAAAAUAAUCCGGACUGGUGCUGUUCAGAUGCCAGCGGCAGUAACAGCGAAAGCCUUCGGGUCAAAGCCUUAAAGAAAAGCUUAUUCACCAGGAGGUCUUCGCGGUCAUUGACGGAGGAGAAUAGUGCCACAGAAUCCAAGAUAGCAAGCAUCUCUAACUCCCCUAGGGACUGGCGAGCGAUCACAUACACCAACCAAGCCGGUAUCACGGAGGAAGAGAUGAAAGAUCGAGGUGGGGGUGAAAACAAAGACUGGCACCGGAAAUCCAAAGAGGCAGACAGGCAAUAUGAAAUCCCACAGCCGCACAGACACUCCAAACCAUCUAAAGACACUUUCUUGAUUGAGCAAGUCUUUAGCCCCCAUCCUUAUCCUGCGUCACUCAAGUCACACAUGAAGACCAACCCUCUCUACACGGACAUGCGGCUGACAGAACUGGCGGAAGUAAAGCGAGUGCAACCAUCCUGGACCAUCGAAGAAUACACACGGAACUCGGGCGAAAAAGGAAAGCUGGCCUCUUUGGAUUUACAAACCCAGGAAUCUUUAAACCCCAACAAUUUAGAAUACUGGAUGGAGGACAUAUAUACGCCGGGCUAUGAUUCGUUACUGAAGCGCAAAGAAGCUGAAUUCAGAAGAGCAAAAGUUUGCAAAAUAGCUGCCUUGAUUGCAGCAGCUGCCUGUACAGUUAUCUUGGUCAUCGUAGUUCCCAUAUGUACUAUGAAAUCAUGAAUUCCAGUUAUGGAGGAAUACAUCCCAGCCUUGUAUAUAACAUUGCUCCAGAUUGCCCAUUCAACAUUUAAAGUACCCACCUUAUGGCAAAAAUUGAAACCAGUCACUCGGGAGGAUGUGCUGAAAUGAGGAAGUAAAGAAGAUCUGGGUUCGUUGUUGUUU